GGGGCGAGCAAGAAUUUUCAUAAGUCGCUUAUAAACUCUUGGUCUCAAGAUGUACAUUCAGAGUGCGUAGGAGGGAGUAGGUGAGGGACGGAGGAGGGGGAGAGAGAGGGACAGUGUGUGCGUAGCUAUAAAACAGACUCUGGUCUCCAAGCAGCUCAGUAGCAGACAGCUGUGCAGGACAGGACAGCGCGUUUCGAUCGCUUUUUCUGGAAAAUACAUUCAAGAUCAAACUAUCAGAGAUGACGACCGUGUUCAGAUACGCCGUCUUUCCUCACCUGCAGGAUCCGCGUGAGCCUGGUCUGUCGCUGUCACCAGGGAGGAGCGUCAUGGCGGAGCCCGACUACCUGGACGGAGACUGCGAUGAGCUCAUCAAACCUAAAAAGCUGAUCAACCCUGUCAAGAUCUCCCGUAAUCACCAGGACCUGCACCGAGAGCUGCUCAUGAACCAGAAGAGGGGUCUGGCUCCUCAGAACAAACCCGAGCUGCAGAAGGUUAUGGAGAAGAGAAAGAGGGAGCAAGUUCUCAAGGCUCAGAAGGAGGAGCAGGAGGCUCACAAGAAGAGGAGUGACUUGGAGAUAGAGCUCAUGAAAAGACAACAGAAACUAGAGCAGCUGGAGCUGGAGCAACAUAAAGAUGAGGAGGAACAGGAGAACACCCCUGAGUUUGUGAAGAUGAAGAGCAACCUGCGCAGAACCAAGCAGGAAGCUGACGGGGAGGAACGGACCACCUAAAAACCAGUCGGGGUGUCUGGGUCUGGCUGAUUGUGCGCGUGUUUGUUAACACAAAGACUUGUGCGUGUUUGUGUGUGUGUCUGUGUGUGUGUGUGUGUGUGUGUGUGUGUGUGUGUGUGUUGUCUGUGGUGCACGGCGGUGCCCUGGAGGCGGGUCUCUGACGCACUUCCUGGUUUUCCCCCGACCUAGUUGUUCCUCCCCCGCAGUGAGGAGAGACUUUACAGACUAAAGACCCCCUCCGCCCGCCCGCCUGCCGUGGAGCGCCAGUACUCACCUCUGCUCCCCGCAACAGUCCAGCAGCACACAGCACCCCCUGCAGGAGGGAUGCUGACAGACAUGUUUCGUGCUGAACGCCUUCCAACGAGGGCGAAACAAGCUUCCAAUGAGCUCUGAUGGAGAAAAAAAACAAAAGAACCGACCACACACACACACACACACACACACACACACAGAGGAGUUCUCAACCCGUCUGUUUUCACUCCUCUCACCACAGAAAGCUGCCGUUUCUCUUCACUGUUGUCAAUGUUGUUAUCUGUGUUGUUGUUAUUUCUGUUCUCAUCUUCAGAAUGAAAAGAGGAAAAGUGGACACUGGAUAGACUCUUGAAGCUGUGUAAUGUAAAAGCCAAACAAAUGUGCUUUUGUUAUUUAUGUUUGUAGCUUUUAGCCCCGGUAGGGGAGGACACUUAGUCGUUCUGCAUUUUAGUUUGUUUACAGCAUAGUUUAUUCAGCCAGAACAGGACAAAGGGAGUCGAUGGUUUUGUGAAACACCCACAUUUGCUAUAUAUAUAUAUAUAUAUAUAUAUAUAUAUAUAUAUAAUUUUCUUUCAUUUUUCUUUUUUAAUUUGUAACAUGCCAUUCCUCACCAAAUGCAAUGUUGAGCAAUAGUAGAACUCCGGGCAAUGAGAGUGACCCUUUGUCUCAAUAUUCUGUUGUUUUUGUAUGGAUACAAGUGUUACUUAAUAUGUAAUUUAAGUUCUUGUUCGGGCGGUCUAUAAGAGUAAUGAGCCCUGUCUGACCAGUCUUCGUGUGCUUUCAUGAGCAAAGGACUUGUUGGGAAGCAUACACACGGAGGCCACCUGUCACAAAAAGGUAUAAUCAAUCAGCAGUUUGUGGGAUCUGUGUGGGUCCCGAAACCGCUCCAAGUCCUGGACCCUAAUCACUGCAGUAUUUUGUCUUUAUAAACAAUGGAGCCAUAGAUGUGCAGGCAGAUCAUUUAACUAAAUGAAUCUGACCAAAAGUGGCUGUUAACUGAAAAACAAUGUGUGGGUCUCCAAAGGAUUAUAGUUUUUAUUCUGAUGGGAAGAAGCAGAUUUAUGACCCGGUGUUCUUCCCAAGAAUCUUCUUUUGAAUAAACAUAAUUUUAACAGAUUCA